AGUUCCAUUGGUAAAAUUUUUGACAUGGCACCAAAAGCGAGUGGAAAGGCUGUUAAGAAGGCUGGUAAAGCCCAGAAGAACAUUGCAAAGACCGAUAAGAAAAAGAAGCGUAAGAGGAAGGAAAGUUACGCAAUCUACAUCUACAAGGUUCUCAAGCAGGUUCAUCCCGACACUGGAGUUUCCAGCAAGGCAAUGUCAAUCAUGAACAGUUUCGUCAAUGAUCUCUUUGAACGUAUUGCCGCAGAGUCCUCUCGUUUAGCUCAUUACAACAAGCGUUCGACGAUCACUUCUCGGGAAAUUCAGACUGCCGUCAGGCUUCUCCUUCCUGGUGAGCUCGCCAAGCAUGCCGUCUCUGAAGGAACCAAGGCGGUAACCAAAUACACCAGCUCUAAGUAAAUUUCGUAAGUUGCAAAACUUGGCAAAUAAAAUCGGCCCUUUUUAGGGCCA